UGAAACAAACAAAUCGUGUUAGGACGGUUAGAAAUCAUCUCAAGUAAUAGAGUCGGAAUGGUGACAUCCAGUGGUCCUGAGAAGAAGUUGAGAGGUCCUUCCUUUGUCUGUCGAUUUGCAGCCUUCAGCGGUUUCACUGCUACAUCAUCACCGUCCUACUACUUUCGAGGGCUCCAAAAAUGAUGAUGCAAAUGAUUUGCAUUGCUGUGAUGUCUCUCCAUUGCUUCUCCCUUACAAGUGCUUCUGCUACAUUAACACCAGCCACUGAUGCAAUGAAAGGUUGGACAGUGGUUUUCAAACUGUUUGACCUUAACAGUAAUAAAUAUAUAAAAGAAAAGAAUAUCAACAAUUUCUUUGCAAAUUCUGAGAAUGCCGAAUUUUUCAAUGACAUCACCAAGGAAGAAAUGUACAAGCUGGUAAACACCAAAACGAAAAAACUCACUUAUGGAGUGUUCAUUAAAUCCAGGGGAGAAAGGAACAUUACCACUUUGCAAGCUUUAAAAAAAGCCUUUCCUGGGGAAACUAGUGUUCUGGGAAAAGAUGUGAACAACCGGUUCAAUUUAUACUAUUUAUUCAGUCUUGAAAAAAGAAAAUAUACACACUACAAGAUGCUGUUGAAAAGAUCGAUCACCUCUUGAUAGAUCAUUAUUAUGAAAGAGAGAUUAAGUCUUAUAACAAGGAUGAAGAAAAUCGUAAGAGAAGAGCGAUAAGGAGAAAGAGAAGACAGAUAACUCCAUCUUCAAGCUCGUCAUUCAUGUAAAAACAAAAUUUUCUAUUAUCAGGAAUCAUAAUAUACUUUGA